GCGGAGAAUCUGAUGGGGAGCCGGCCGAGGAACCAGGGCAACAGCUCGGCACCGCUCAGUCCGGCAGCCCGGCACCAGACCCGGGAGCUGCGUCCAUGAGAUUCUUCAGACUCACCUUCAAGUGCUUCGUGGACUGCUUCUGAAGCGAGCGAGCGAGCGCGGCUGCCCUGCCUCACCGUCUCACCGUCUCCUCAUCCCGGCACAAUGCGCUCAGACUCACCGCCGCGUCCUUCAGGCGGGUACGGUUGUACCGGUGUACCUGAAGCUGAGACUGCGGAUCUGGUGGCUGACCCUGAGUCUGGGCACGAGGACAAAUCUGUGCUGACCCCUCUCGUCAUCAACAAUGGUUGUGUGAAAGAUGGAGCAGUUGAGAGGGAGACCUGGACUCGUCAGAUGGACUUCAUCAUGUCCUGUGUCGGCUUUGCUGUGGGACUGGGCAACAUCUGGAGGUUUCCCUACCUCUGCUACAAGAAUGGAGGUGGAGUUUUCCUCAUACCGUACCUGCUCAUCGUUCUGGUGGGAGGGAUUCCGGUCUUUUUCUUGGAGAUUGCACUUGGACAGUUCAUGAAACGAGGUGGUGUUGGCGCUUGGAAUAUUGCACCUCUCUUCAAAGGUCUGGGCUUUGCCUCCAUGGUGAUCGUCUUCUUCUGUAAUACCUACUAUAUCAUGGUCCUGGCCUGGGGGCUGUACUAUCUCGUUCACUCCUUCACUAACAACCUGCCUUGGGCCACUUGUGGCCACACCUGGAACACUCCGGAAUGUACCGAGCACUUCCAGCACAGUCAGUGCCACAACAGAACCUUCGUCAACGCCACUAACUUCACCAUCGACUGUGAGGAACUCGCGAACAAACGCUCACCCAUCAUCGAGUUCUGGGAGAGGAGGGUUCUGAGGAUCUCGGACGGAAUCGAUCAGGUUGGGUCGAUCAGCUGGCAGAUGCUGCUGUGUGUGCUCGCCACCUGGAUCAUCAUCUAUUUUUGUAUCUGGAAAGGGGUCAAAUCAACGGGAAAGGUUGUCUACUUCACUGCCCUAUUUCCCUACCUGGUCCUGGUGAUUCUCCUCGCCCAUGGGGUAUCCCUGCCCGGAGCUCUGGACGGCAUCAUUUACUACCUGAAGCCAGACUGGUCCAAACUGGCCGAAGCUCAGGUUUGGAUUGAUGCAGGAACCCAGAUCUUUUUCUCAUAUGCGAUUGGAUUAGGAGCACUUACAGCACUAGGCAGCUACAAUCGUUUUAACAACAACUGCUACAGAGAUGCCUACCUCCUGGCACUGAUCAACAGCACCACCAGUUUCUUCUCGGGCUUUGUCGUCUUCUCCGUGCUGGGCUUCAUGGCGUCUGAACAAGGAGUGGACAUCUCAAAGGUGGCAGAAUCUGGCCCUGGCCUGGCCUUCAUCGCCUACCCCAAGGCCGUCACUCUGAUGCCAAUUGCCCCUCUCUGGGCCGCCCUCUUCUUCUUCAUGCUGCUGGUCCUGGGACUCGACAGUCAGUUUGUGGGUGUGGAAGGGUUCAUAACCGGCCUGAUGGAUCUGCUGCCAGUCUCGAUGGCCGGAACCGUCCGCAGGGAGCUGGUGGUCGCCAUCUGCUGCCUCAUCUGUUUCCUCAUCGACCUCUCCAUGGUGACAAACGGGGGGAUGUACAUCUUCCAACUCUUCGACUACUACUCAGCCAGUGGCAUCACCCUGCUCUGGCAGGCUUUCUGGGAGUGUGUCGUUGUCGCCUGGGUCUAUGGUGCGGAGCGUUUCAUUGGAGACAUCACCCGGAUGAUCGGCUACCGCCCCUUUCCCUGGAUAAAGUGGUGCUGGCUGUUCAUCACACCCUGUGUCUGCGUGGGAAUCUUCCUGUUUCACGUAGUGAACUAUAAACCGCUGACGUACAACAAGAGCUACGUGUACCCAUGGUGGGGAGAGACCUUCGGCUGGUUCCUUGCCCUGGCAUCCAUGGCCUGUAUCCCCACCACCGUGCUCAUCAAGCUUCUGUGCAGUAAGGGAUCUCUGCGAGAGCGCUGGAAGCUGCUGACCACACCAGUGUGGGGCUCCCACCACCUGCAGUACAUGACCAUGGAGACGUCCCUCAAGUUCCUGGGUCCUCAGGGAGUUCCCCAGGACCUCAAAGAGAAGGAGACAGCCAUCUAACAAGACAGCUCUGAGCCUCGAACACCUUCCCUCUCUGCUUGCUGAUCCAGCCGUCCCAUUCACACUCAGCUUCUCCUGUAUUGUACAGACUGUGAACCUCGGUCCUAGUUUGGGUUGUAUUUUCUUCGGAUGCAUUCUUUCCUCUUAGAGCGCGCAGUGACAAUGGAACCACGCCUGUCCCAGGAACACCGGUGAAGCUGCCUGGAUGAUGGGGUGUGUACGGCAGCCCGCAGGCUAGCAGCUCCUUAUCGCUGAAAACAAUCUAAUCAGGUGGAAGAUGCCAGCGUUUACGCCAGCUGAUCACCGAGGGAUGUUUGCUGAUGGGGGUUGUGGGGAAGGGAUGGGGGUGUAGCCCAGGGCAGGUCUGGAAGUUGAGAGAGGAAUUUUUUUUUAUUUAGACAGGGCAAGUUCCAGCUGGAAUGGGCUGACAGGAUCAGGGCAGCCUCACUCACUUCCUACAAGGCAGCAAGAAAAUGGGAAAACAGCGGGUUGACGAUGAAUCUGGCGGGUGACCAAGAUGACCCUGGAUGUGACAGCUUCCCAGUCGGUUUCAGAUGGUCUCUCUGCCCUGGUGGCCGGUGACAAGGUGCUAGUUGCUGAAUCGUAAACACAGGGUUCCGGCCCAAAACGUCGACCGAUCUUUUUCCACGGAUGCUGCCCGACCUGCUGAGUUCCUCCAGCGUGUUGUGAGUGUUGCUAGUUGCUGAAUGUAGGCCCCAAUUCCGUCUCUGUCCUGGGCAGCUGGUUGACCCUGCCCAAACGCGGAUCUACCCAUUCUGCCCAAACGCGGAUCUACCCAUUCUGCCCAAACGCGGAUCUACCCAUUCUGCCCAAACGCGGGUCUACCCAUUCUGCCCAAACGCGGACCUACCCAUUCUGCCCAAACACAGACCUACCCAUUCUGCCCAAACGCGGACCUACCC